AUGCCUACCAUUUCCGUCGACAAGUACAAGCUUUACGAAGCCCUCGGUCAAAAAUUCACGACCGAGGAAUUCGAGGAUCUCUGCUUCGAAUUCGGCAUCGAGCUAGACGAGGAUACCGAGAAUGACGACCGUCCCAUCGUCAACGGCGAGCAGGAGCCCCCGCAGCUCAAGAUCGAGAUUCCCGCCAACCGAUAUGAUAUGCUCUGCUUUGAGGGCAUUGCCCUGAACCUCAACAUCUUCCGUGGCCGUAUCGAGGCUCCCAACUACCGUCUCGUUGAGCCCCCGAGUGGAAAGCUAGAGAGCAUUACCGUCCUGCCCGAAGUCGAGCAAGUCCGGCCGUACGUUUCUGGCGCCAUCCUCCGCAAUGUCAAGUUCGACAAGGACCGCUACGAGUCUUUCAUCGCCCUACAAGACAAGCUUCACCAGAACCUCGCCCGCAACCGAACCCUCGUCUCGAUUGGUACUCAUGACUAUGACACACUCCAGGGCCCCUUCACAUACGAGGCUCUCCCUCCCAAGGACAUCAAGUUCAUCCCCCUCAACCAGACCAAGGAGAUGGACUCUGCCGAGUUGAUGACCUUCUACGAGAACGACAAGCACUUGGGUCGCUUCCUCCACAUCAUCCGCGACUCUCCCGUCUACCCUGUCAUCUACGACUCCAACCGCAUUGUCGGCUCCCUUCCUCCCAUUAUCAACGGCGACCACUCCAAGAUCACCCUCGACACCACCAACGUCUUCAUGGAGAUCACUGCCACCGACCUUACCAAGCUCGAGAUCGUCACCGACAUCAUGGUCACCAUGUUCUCCACGUAUUGCGCCGAGCCCUUCACCAUUGAGCCCGUCCAAAUCAUCUCCGAGCACAACAACCUCACCCGCGUGACCCCUACUCUCAAGCCGCGAGUCGCUGAGGUCGAGAUCGACUACCUCAACAGCUGCACUGGCCUUAGCGAAUCUCCCGAGAGCCUGUGCAAGCUCCUCUCCAAGAUGGCCUACAUCUGCACACCCUCCACCAAAGACUCCAACAUUCUCGAGGUUGCUAUCCCCCCUACCCGAGCUGAUGUCCUUCACCAAUGCGACGUCAUGGAGGAUCUCGCCGUGUGCUACGGCUACAACAACCUUCCCCGUACUGCCCCUACCCGGAGUGCCACUGUUGGCGCUCCCCUGAUGGUCAACAAGCUCAGCGACAUUAUCCGCACCGAGGCCGCCAUGGCCGGCUGGAGCGAAGUCAUGCCCCUGAUUCUGUGCAGCCACGACGAGAACUUCGCUUGGCUCAACCGAAAGGAUGACGGAAACACCGUCGUCCGUCUCGCCAACCCCAAGACUGCCGAGUACCAGGUCGUGCGGUCAACACUUCUUCCCGGUCUUCUCAAGACCAUCCGUGAGAACAAGGGCCACAGCGUGCCUAUGAAGAUCUUUGAGGUUUCUGAUGUCGUCUUCAAGGACGAGUCCCAGGAGCGCAAGGCCCGCAACGAGCGACACUUUGCCGCUGCCUGGUACGGCCGGACGAGCGGUUUCGAGGUCGUCCACGGCCUCCUCGAUCGUGUGCUGCUCAUGCUCCGCACAGCUUUCAUCACCCAUGAGGAGGGUCUGGCUGGCAAGAGUGUCGACUUUGAUGUGAAGGAGAACCCUACCAGGCCUGACGGUUACUGGAUCGAGGAGCUCGACGAUGCUACCUUCUUCGCUGGUCAUGCUGCUUCCGUGUACCUUCGUCUCGGCGGAAAGGAGAGGCGUAUCGGAGAGUUCGGCAUCUUGCACCCUACCGUACUGGAGAAGUUUGAUUUGAGAUACCCCGUCAGCACUCUCGAGAUCAACCUCGAGGUCUUCUUGUAA